AUGACGGGACUCCCAGCCGGUUGCAGCCGGGAUCGCUUGCUCGCCGGCCGGCCUGUCAUCCUGGGACGCUUGAAGGAGGAGGAGCCUGCAGCCCCUCCUGCAGCAGUGAAGGAGGAGGAGGAGCCUGCAGCAGUGAAGGAGGAGGAGGAGCCUGCAGCAGCUGCAGCAGUGAAGGAGGAAGAGGAGGAGUAUGUGGUGGAGAAGGUGUUGGACCACAGAGUGGUGAAGGGAAGAGUAGAGUUCCUGCUGAAAUGGAAGGGGUUCUCGGAUGAGGAUAACACAUGGGAGCCACAAGACAACCUGGACUGCCCCGACCUUAUCACCGAGUACAUGCAGAAACACAAGGAGAAGGAGGAGAAGAAGGAGGGCAAGAGGAAAGUUGUCAGUGAGGCCUCGGAAGACUCAGAGGAGCGAGGGAGCAAGAGGAAGGAGGAGGAGAAACCGAGAGGAGGAGCGGGACCCAAACGUCACCACUGUCAACACUGUGACAAAUCCUUCACAAGAUCUGCAUAUUUAAAGAUUCAUCAGAGAGUUCACACUGGAGAGAAUCUACACAGCUGUGAUCAAUGUCGGGCAGCUUUCAUAGAAAAGAGAACCCUAAUAAUACACCAGCGCAUUCACACUGGAGAAAAGCCUUACAGCUGUGAUCAAUGUGGGAAAACCUUUUCUCAGAGUGGUGGCCUUAAAUGUCACCAGCGUGUUCACACUAGCGAGAAGCCUUACAGCUGUGAUCAAUGUGGGAAAAGUUUUACUCAUAGCAAUGGCCUUAAAUAUCACCGACAUGUUCACACUGGAGAGAAGCCGUACUGGUGUGAACAAUGUGGGAAAACGUUUUCUCAGAGUAGUAACCUUAAAACACAUCAACGCGUUCACACUGGAGAUAAACCUCACAGCUGUGAUCUAUGUGGGAAAACCUUUUCUAGGAUUGAACAUUUAAAAAGCCACCGACGUGUUCACACUAGAGAGAAGCCGUACUGGUGUGAUCUAUGUGGGGAAACAUUUUCUCUGAGUGGUCACCUUAAAAAACACCAGCGUGUUCACACUGCCGUGUUUCCUUUAGGAUUUUUUUUUGUGGUGGCAGCUCCGAACCCCGCACCCCAAUGAAACGGAACUGACACUUUGCUGCAACACAAACAAAUAUAUUUAUUCACCUCUAUUCACACACACAAUGAGGCAUAUUUUCAGUUGUGAUUGAACUGUAUUUUUUGAUUUACUAUAUAGGCCAACUUUGAGCUUGACAUAUAGACUAAGCUUUCUGUAGCAAAUAACAAUAAACCCACUAUUAAUGACAUUA